CAUAGCAACAGUUACUAAGGGCAGGGGUCAGUGAACAGUCAAUUGAAACUGAAAUGAUCUGAAAACAGCAACCAAAAUACUAAGCACACUCUAACAAAAAAUAGCCUACAUUAGGAUAGGUUAACUUACAGGUAACAGCUAGUUAGCGACAAAUACAAAUGGAAAAGGUGAAAGAUGGAAGGACUCCGACUCCACGUCGAGUCAAAUUCUCAGAGAAACAGAUUGAAACAGAGGACAGUGCAGCUAAACAGGCCUUAGACAGUCAUGACAAACUGACAAGACUAAAGCCUCUGUGCAAGCCAGGACUACCUCUGGAGAGAAAAAUUGAACACGCGAAGCGGGAGAAGAAUGUCUUGGUUAAUGAGUACAACAGACUAAAGUUUGCUGCGAAGGAAAAAGAAACAAAGUUAAAGGAGCUGCAGGAGUUAUUGAAAACAAUGGAACCAAAGACUACAGAUGACAACAGUGAAGAUACAGCUCAACAGCAAAUAAGGCAGCUGGAGAACAACCGAGAGAAGAUGAAGUUGAAGAUCUUAGCGGCUAAGAGAGUCCAGAGCACUUACCUGCACAUGCUUGAGCACCUGCAGCAGGAAGUCCGUGGGAUGUUCAAGGUCCUGGACCAGAAGGAGCGUGCGGUUGCCAUUGGACAAGCGGAGGUGGAUAAAGCAUGCAAAAUGUUCCAGUCAGCAGCAGCUGCUGCAGAGAGCGCACAGGACGAGAUGUUUCAGAUGGAGAAUGAGAUAAUGGAGAAGAAGAGACAGAUGGAGAGUGAGCUGAAAGAGCUUAUGGAAACAUUUGGGCGUCCUCUCAGCCCAGCAGCACCGAGCAGACAGAGAGAGCGGGAAGUUGAAGAAGGGGAGGAAGAGGAAGAGGAAGCACACUCAAGUCCUGUUGAAGCUCAUCACUGUUACGACAUCUGCGGUGCUUCCCAGUCUGACAUUAAACUGGUGGAGGAUAUGGAGUCUCUGAGAGAAGCUCUGGGCUGCGCUGACGUGCAGGACCUAGUGAACAAGGUGGUGUCUCAGCGGGCCACCACACAGCAGCUCCUCACUGAGAUCACCCAGUGUGAGGAACUGGUCAGGCAGGAGGCCAGAACCUUGGCUGAACUGGAGCUGCAGCAUGCAGAACUCAAGUUCAGUGUCAAACCUGCAGCUACAAGGUUUGACAAGCUGAAGGAAGAGACGCAGGCGAAGCUGGAUCUGCAAGUGGAUCGUGUUCAACGACUGCAGGCCGAGCUGAAGCAGUCCCAGGACCUGUUGGACACUGUUGAGCAGGGCGUCGGAAACCUCUACUUCAGGAUGAGCUGCGUUCCCGUGGAGGGGCUGCCCAGCGCGCCCUGCACCGACAACGUAGACAAACUGAAGGACAUCAGCGCCCGUCUGCCAACGUUACUGCAGAGAGCGUCAGAGCGGAAACCUGUGAUCAGUAGCGAGGACCAGGAGAGGGUUUUCAGUUUUCUGGAACUGCUCAACACGACGGAUUCGAGGAACAAUAAGAGACCAAGUACCCCUACAGACACCUCCCAGCUCAGUGAUGAUGGAGAAGAGUGCUCUCCGUCCCGCGAGGAGAUCAAACGCAGCAGCGUUAGACUGGUUGAAUCCCAGCAGUCCAAGAAGUCCUCGAGGAGAGCCAAGAGGAAGGAGUAGACUAAUGAAAUAAACAGCAGGGAUUUUC